AUGGCGACCGUUCCGCCGACGCAGCAUCAAUCCUCACAUCCUCCACCACAAAUCCUAGCAUUCAACGAGAGACAGCCCCGGACUAUCCGCCUAUACCCAUUGAGCAAUUACACAUUUGGCACAAAGGAGACACAGCCAGAGGAAGAUCCUUCAGUAAAAGAUAGGCUGCGGCGAUUGGAGGAAUAUUAUGAAAAGCAUGGCAUGCGCCGGACGUGUGAAGGUAUCUUAGUAUGCCAUGAGCACAACCACCCGCAUGUGCUCAUGUUGCAGAUCGCCAAUGCCUUCUUCAAGCUUCCUGGUGACUACCUGGCGCAUGAUGCCGACGAGAUUGAAGGUUUCAAGGCCAGACUGAACGAACGCCUCGCUCCCACUGGAUCACUUGGCGCCUCCGAAGCUGCAGAUGCGGACUGGGACAUCGCUGACACCCUCGCGCAAUGGUAUCGGCCCAAUUUCGAGACUUUCAUGUACCCUUUCCUGCCACCACAUGUGACGCGACCUAAAGAGUGCAAAAAGCUCUUCUUUAUUCAGCUGCCCAAAGCCAAAGUGCUGAGUGUGCCGAAGAACAUGAAAUUACUGGCUGUGCCUCUAUUUGAGCUCUACGACAACAGUCAGCGUUAUGGACCGCAGCUGAGCGCCAUCCCUCAUUAUCUGAGCCGAUACAGGUGGGAGUUUGUCAACGAGAACGAUGAGGUUGUCUCUUGGACCCCUGGCGGUCCUGUGGAUGAACGAGUGAAGACUAAGAUAUUAGCGGGUGAUCAAGGGAACGGUGUCACCGAGGGACACAACGUUAACAUGGCGGAGAAUUAG